AUGAUUUGUUAUUACUUUCAGCUAAAGCAAUCUGCAAGAUUAUUAUUAUGGAAAGCUGAAAAUCAUGCAAAUGUAGUAUCAGCAGAUGUAAAAAAUGUCUGCAGAAAAUUAACCUGGACGAUAUUAAAACGCGAUAGUUGGAUUUCAGUUGCGGUCUUUAAUGACUCUGUAGCACUUAUUGAAAAAUGUGAUGUCAUUUUGUUCAAUUUUCCAUUAGUUUGGACAGAAGUAAAAGAAGAAAACAGCGAGUAUUUGGUCCGGAUAUUCAAUCCAGAAAAUGAAUUUUACAUUCGAUUUAAAAAUUUUGAAUCCAAGAAUAAAUUUGUAAGCGCUAUUCGACAAUGGCGAUAUUUCAAUGAACGCUACAGAAUAGAUAAUAGUUUGGAACGAUGUGUCAUUGAUUUGCCUAAGCAACGACAUGGAAACUAUAAAUUUUCAUCAGAUCAUCCAAAUUAUGCAAAUUGUAGCUAUAGCGGAUAUUGGUUGGAUGGUAAACCUCAUGGAAGAGGACAUCUCGUGUAUGCAAACAGUAAUGAAUAUCGAGGAAAUUUUGUUGAUGGACGUGUGGAAGGGUUCGGUAAAAUGUUAAUAGCAUUAGAAAGUAGCGAAAAAUCAAGUAAAUUAGUACCAAACCUUGACACUGAAAACCUUGGAAAAGAAGCAAAAUUUGAUAUGUACACAGGAUUUUGGCUCAAUGGAUUGCUAAAUGGAUUAGCACAUAUCAAAUUUUCAAAUGGUGAUACUUAUAAAGGUUAUAUGCACAAUGGUGAAAAACAUGGAUUUGGAGUUUUGCAUACCUCAAAAAAUGGUGAAACAAAAGUUUACUUGGGUGGUUGGUGUUGUGGAAUGCGUUCCGGUUAUGGUGUUUUCACAGACAACAGCACAUAUCAAGAAGGAUUAUUUGAAAAUGAUCGUCUAGUGCAUGGUUGUUUAACUAUGCCUGCUAGUGAUGGAUAUUCUGAACUAAAAUUUGAAGGUGAUUUCGAGGAAAAAAACAUUAUUGGCGGAAAGGGGACACUUUACUUGAAUAGUUCUGAGCGCAUAGAAGGUCAAAUGACAGGUGAUAUUAUAAGAGGCGAAGUAAGAAUCACAAAUGCUAUCUUUUCAAGAAUAAAUACAGCUGAUAUGACGCCAUCACUAAUGUCUUUUUGGCAUGAAAGUUGCAAAUCGCCUCGAAAUACUGAGUGGAUGAUAGACGCAAACGAGAAAUGGAAAGAAUUUUUCAGGGAUUUUUUACUCUAUGAUUUACUUAUUCCUGUCCAUCUAGAUAACGUAGCAGAUAUAAGUGAGUUUGUUGAUGAUCAGUGUCGCACGAUGAUUUGGAAUUCACUUGCGUCCAACAUAGCAAAGAUUCGUUUGGGCAUGAAUGAAGAAGAAAUAAGAGUCACAUUUGAUGAAAAUCUGGAAAAAAUUCCCGAAUACACAGCUCAGUGGUGUUAUGAAUACUAUGAAAUGGUGCAGCAAUAUUGGAAUUUGGUAGAGUUUUUGAGAUACUUUCAUGUUAAAGCCAUGAAACACAAAUAUCACCCAUUGCACCGUUUGGUAUAUGGUUUAAUUGAAGUUUUUACCGGUUCUUACGGGGCUGUCGGAACUCAUCAAGUGGUCUACAGCCAAGCUGUUUGUGAAUUGUUUAGUAUACUUUCAAGGAUUUAUUCAAUUAUUCGAUUACUUUUCAACAGUUUGCCGAGAACAUUAGAAAUGUUCACUCCUGUUCCAGCACACAGAGAUCAUAAUUUAGGCACGGAAAAUACUGGAUUCCAAUCCCAAGAGAAACUGUACAUUUUUCUUGUGGAUUUGAAUGAAUAUUAUUUAUUCAGGGAUCUUUGGCCGAUAAAUGUUGAAAACAUCAAUGAUCUUGAUGCACCUCUGAUUCGUGCUACAGCUCGUAAGAAAUUUUAUCACUCAGCUAUUCAGACGUUACAACAAAUUAGUGCACAUUUUAAUCCAGCUUCAAAAUUAGCAGUAUUAAUCGAUACAUUCAAAGAAAUUGGAGCCGUUAGUUUAUUUUAA